AACAAUCGUCAACAUUGGAAAAAUUGUUGUAUAUCCUAAUCUAUGCGUCAAUAAUUGCAUAAAAAAAUGAAGGAGAAGUAAUCACUAAAACAUUAUCUAGGGUUAAGUUAUGAACAUUUCUUUUGGUAAAAUUGUAGAAAACAAGGGAAGAAAUUGAAAAGAAAAAUGAAUAAAGAACUUUGAUUUAUAUGAAAUUGCGACACACCAAUUACACAUCCAAACUUAAAUAGUUUUGGUUAGUUUUGGUUAAGUAGUUGGAAGCAAUCAAAUUUGGCCCCCACUGCGUUUUAAAAAUAGUAAUUUUGGUUGUCAUUAUGAGACAGGGGACUUAACUAUAAAUAGAAGAGUAAGAAAGGAUGUGGAAAUAACGUUUUUUGACUGGAAUAAUGGCACUCUUGGGAGCCCAAUUAGUUACUACUCUUGUGGUAAUAAGCAUAAUUCAAAAAAUAGGGCCUCACUUUUCUUUGGGAAGAUGGUUAUUAUGUUCUACAGGCUUGAUCCGCUACUUAUAUCCAACCGAUGCAGAGUUGCGGCAAUUGGCUAAUAUCCCUAAAGAAAAAAAUAAAAACAGAAAAGGGGGAAAAAUUGUCCAAAAUGGAAAAGCUCCUGAAACUUUUCAUAUUGAUCGAUCAAUAAAUGUGCAGCUAGAAACUGCGAAAGUAUCACAUCUAGAUGUUAUUCAUUUGCGUUAUUACAGUGAAUACCAAUGGUUGGUCGACUUUGCAUUAUAUGCUGCCAUGGUUUAUUUGAUUACUGAGGUAUAUCAGAUUUGGCUUACCAUAAAGGAUGAAAUCAAUUUAAGUAUGAUAUGGUGUUUGUUAGUAAUUCUCUUUGCAAAAAAAUUGUUAGCAGGUCUUACAAUCCAGUACUUUAAAGGUGAAGAAUCUGUGGGAGAAAGGUCCACUUGUAUUGUGAUGGGAUUUAUAUAUUUACUCAUCUCAAUGAUAACCUUAAUAAUUGAUGAAAAUAUUUUGGAAUUUGGCUUAGAGGAAGCAUAUACCUCUUUUAACAGGACGGCUUCUCUGUUUUUAGACAAACAGGAUUUGAGUUCUUCUGGCCCUGCUUCAAAGAUAUUUAUCAAAUUUUGUCUUGCCUUAUGGUGCGGAAUGCUAGGAGCCCUAUUCACAUUUCCAGGAUUAAGGAUAGCUAAGAUGCAUUGGGACUUGCUAAAAUAUUUUAGAGAAAAUCGAUUAAAACAAAUUUUAUUGAAUGUUAGCUUUGCACUGCCGUUUCUUCUGGUUGUCCUUUGGAUUAAGCCUGUUACGAAGGAUUACUUGACGGUGAGAGUAUUUUCCGGGAGAGGUGCUCCUUUAAUGACUGAACAAAGUUUUGAGGUAGCCAGAUUGGUAGCCAUAGUAUUUACUAUGUGUUUGAAAAUCGCUCUGAUGCCUUGGUAUCUUCAAGCAUAUUUAGAUAUGGCUUAUCGCAGAACUGAGGAGCAGAAGAAAGAGGCUGGAAGGAUUACUAACAUAGAAUUUCAAAAAAAAAUUGCAGCUGUAUUUUACUACUUAUGCGUGGUGACUUUACAAUACAUCGCGCCUAUUAUUAUAUGCUUGUUCUUGACACUUAUGUACAAAACACUCAGUGAAUACCAGUGGAACUGGUUAUACAGUGGUGUUUCUGGUCUUGAGAUAUUGGACCAAAAUAAUUCAGCUUCUUCUAAGUUGAAUAUAGAUCCUUUCCAUUUGGCGGAUAACAGCGGCACAAUCUCAGAAUCCGUUGAGGUCUUCCAUCUCAAAUUAGAAAGUUUAAAAGCAAUAUUUACAGCAAGCAUUUUCAAAGGUCUUUUGGGAUUUGCAACUUGGUGGUGUUGUUUUUUGUAUUUUGCAACAACUUCUGUAGGACUGAUUUACCAAUCUUAUUUUUCUAUUGUUUAAUAUUAAAGUUUGUUUGAAACUUUCUUUGAUUUUUUGAUUAGGCAUGUAGUUAACCACAUAUUGUGCUUACAAAAUAUAAUAUAUUUGCAGGUUGCGCAGUAUGUAAUUAUAUUUAUUAACUUAUCUACCUCAACCUGCCCAAAACAACACAGUACAAUACAGACAUUUGCGCAUAGUGGAAAACUUCAAUCAUGCUUCUAUUCAUGCCAUUUAUUACUUUGCGUUAGGUGUGUGAUGUUAAUAGUUAUGGUUAAGGAAAGCCUAUUUUAGGAGUGGAAAAAAAUACAAAAACUUAAAUUGAUUUAAAAUCAGAAUACCUCACAGACAUCAAGUUAUAGUAUCCAAAUAUGUUGCGGUUGAUUUGAAUUAAAAUUUGAAAUGUUAUUUUUAGUACAAAAAAAGUACGGCUAUGCUAUCAUUUUUUUCCGCAAUUCUUUCUGGAAGUUAAAAAUAUACAUUCAAAGAAACGGUUUCCCUUCAUUAUUAUUACAGUCUACGUAACAUCCUGUUUCACGCAACAAAAAACGUGCCAUGUUCUUUUGUUUUUCUAAAUUCGGUUAUAAUUAGUAGGGAAUACUUCAGAAAAAUUUGAACGGGCAGGAAAUAUUUUAUACCUAUUGUAGGACAACGACAUGAAACAUUUAUCCUUUUUAUUUUUUAAAUACAAUAUUGGAUAGUUUAGUUCGGAUUCUUAAAAAUUCUCCAUUUUUAUAGAAGAUUAUGGAAACAUCUACGAUCUACGAGACAAUUAACCAACCAGAAUAUCCAGGAAAGCACGUCUAAAUUUAAAAGUUGCCGCCAAAACUGCUUUCAUGAGAAUUUUCAAACGAUUUUAGACGAAAUAUUGAUAUUUUAUUCACUCUUUAGCAAAUCAAUAGCAAAAAUUAUUAAUUUUCAGCAGCACACAUUUAGAAAAAAAAAUGAAUGAAAUAUUUCUUUUACGGAGCGAAUAAGAAGAGGCAUGAAUUUGAUUUUAUGACGUGCGUUAUUGGUUGACGUUUAGAAGUUUCUGGAAGCUUGGUUUGACCUCCGUAUAAAAUCGGCCAUUUCCGAAAUUUUUCACGAUUUGUUCAUUGCAGUUGUUGUAGGUUACAACUAAUUUUUAAGUUCGUAUUUAAAGUUGUGUGUUCAAUCGAAAAAGUAAUAAAAUAAG